CGCAUUUUUUUAAUUUCUUUUUUUUUUUCUUCCCUGACAGCUCCUCUAACCAAAGUGCGAGCGGUCGAAGGGGGGCGUGUCCUCCUGCCAUGCGACUUGGACCCGCCCAUUCCAGAGGACACAACCCUCCUGGUCCUCUUCUUCCGAUACGACUCAGUUUUCCCCAUAUACAGCCUCGACGCCCCGGGGGAUGAGCCUCCUCCAGGGGAAGCAGCAGGCAUCGGAGCCCUUCCAGCAGCGGUCCUACCUCAAGGUCAGCCGAGGUCAGCAGGGGUUGCUCCUCGAGAGGGUCCACCAGGAGGACGGCGGCGAGUACAGGUGCCGAGUGGACUUCCUCGGGUCGCCUACGAGGAAUUCGAGGCUGCUGCUCGACGUGAUGGUUCCUCCUCGAUCUAUGACCAUCACGAGUGACCUUGACCCAGGACGAGAGGUCAGUGUCGUGGCUGGUCCUUAUACCGAAGGAGCUGAAGUGACCCUCACGUGUCAGGUCAGAGGAGGCAACCCCCGACCCAAGGUGACCUGGUGGCACGAGUGGUCACUCCUGGACGACACGAGCGAGGUCAACACCACCCAGGUCGUGAAAAACAUCUUGACCCUCCCGCCGCUGACGAGAGCUGACCUUAACAAGACGCUGACAUGCCAGGCCACCAACUCCGACCUCAUUAUCCCGAUGUCAGCCACUGUCAGGCUUGACAUGCGCUAUCCUCCGCGGUCGGUGAAGCUUCUAGAAGAAUCCUCGGAAGGAGUGACCUUAUCGGAGGGAAGGUCACGGCCCGUCGUCUGCGAGGCCACGGCCAGGUUCACGGUGGCUCUCCCGCCAACCUCACGUGGCUCUCCAACGGACGACCCAUCCCAGUUAAUAAAUAUAGUUAUUGAUUUAGUCAUUAGUGCAGUUGAAUGUCAACGACAUCGAGGAGGAGGUGGAGGGCGAAGUGAGCCGCUCCAUCUUACACUUCAAUCCGAGGCGCGAAGCGAUGACGAGCGACCCUCAGUUGUCGAGGAUUCAGUCCAGGUUUUACCGACGAGUUCGUCCUCGAAGACUCGACUCCAGCUCUCCGUUUUCUAUAAGCCUCGAGUCGAGAUCGACCUCGAGCACGACUCUGAAGAUUUAGAAGAAGGCGAUGACGUCAUGCUGGAGUGUUUGCUGAACGCCAAUCCUCCAGCCACGAGCGUCGAGUGGGAGCUCAAUGGCAUCCCCUUAGAGAGCAACCCCGCCCUCGGUGUGUCGGUCAGCAGGACGACCUUACACUUGAGGAACAUCACCAGGGCUUCUUCGGGAGUGUACACCUGCGCCGCCACGAACGAAGAAGGAACGACAGUCUCCGGCCCUCUUCAGGUGGAUGUGAAAUUCCUGCCGACGUGCGCCGAGGACCAGCACACCUCCUACGGCGUCGGGACCAUGGAGGAGAUCCUGGUGUCCUGUCACGUCGACUCGUAUCCUGUGCCGAUAGACUUCAGAUGGGCCAUGAAACCAGCUCGGGCCUCAGGGACGUGCCUCUCGCCCUCUCCAGCAAGCGGAAGGAGCAGCGUCGUGAGGUACACGCCCCUCACCCAGCAGGACUUCGGGGAGCUCCUGUGUUGGGCGGUGAACGGCGUCGGGAGCCAGAAGGAGGCGUGCGUCUUCAGGGUGGAGCCUGCAGCCAAGCCCGAAGCCGUGUCCUCCUGCGUCGCCGAGAGGAACGCCUCGAUGCCUUCCUCCUACGUCGUGCUGUCGUGUCUCCCGGGCUGGGACGGCGGCCUCAACCAGUCGUUCGUCCUCGAGGUGCGGCAGGAGGCCAAGGAGGAGCUGCUCGAGGACUUCCGAGACGCGCCCGAGCCCCAGUUCUUCGUCAGGGGUGAGUGGAGGUCUCUGAAGGACGUGCACUACCUCCUGACGGUGCGCGCAGAGAACGCCCGGGGCCCGAGUCCGCCCGUGACCGUCAGCUACUGCGUCCAGAGCGAGUCCCAGGCCACCACCCUCUUGGUCUCCCACGCCCGCAACACCCUGCUGGUCCUCAUGCCUUUCGUGGUGCUCCUGAUGGGCGUCCUGCUGGUGCUGACGGUGUAUGUGGGCGUGGGCGUGCUGCGGGCGUCGAGGGAGAGGCGGAGGAGGUGUAAGAAGGAGGGGCUCUACUACACGACGGCGGUGAAGGCGGCUCCGGACUGCCACGACGCCCACGCCAUCGUCUGCGGGAAUAAUGAUUACGAUAAGGAGGAGCUGAUGAAACUGCCCGUGGAGAGCAUCACGCCCAAAGCCGCCCACGAGUGCCAGGAUUACCUGCUAAAUACUCUGGCACGAAGACGGCUUAGUACUUCUAAUCUCUGUUCAGCUGGUUUCCAUCUCAAACUCUCAACAGCCUUCAUGUCUCUUAACUCUUAA